AUGUCCGCCUGUGGACUCUCCACAAAGUAUCUGUUGUGUUUCAAAACCAGCUUCACCUUACCGUACGAGACAGUCGCCUGUUUGAUGAAAUUGACCACCGACGAGGCCAACGGCACCUUGGACAGUCUACUCAGCACAGAAAUAAUAUCGUCUGUCUCGAGACCAACAGAAACAGCAGCGUACAGAGAAUGCGUGGUGAUGCGGUAUUCGUGGAUGAAGCUCGGCCGACUGACAGGCUCAGCGAUGGUCACCAGGAAAUCCUGUGCCUGUUCCGACAAUGGCGACAAACUCUCGAGAAAUAUUUUGCCGUCCAGGGGACUGAUCCAGAUGGGUCUGGCAGCGUGGUCUGGCUUCAAUUUCAGGUACGAGAAGUCUGCCUUGCCGAAAACCGACGAAACAGAGUCCGGAACAAAGUCUGGCGGUCUGCUAAGCGAGAUCGUCACGAGCUCGGACUCGUCAAACUUGAUGUCGCCCUUUGUUCUCUUGAUAUUGCGCAUUGCCUCUUUCGCCUCCUGGGCCUUCUUCUCGAGCUGGAGGUCCUUCUUCUUGGACCGCAUCGUCUGCUUACUCAACUCGUAG